AUGCCCAUGGAAAAAUCAAUUGCAAAAGCCGCAACGAAAGAAGCUGGUCUAGGAGACUCGCGCACCGUAGUUGAUCAAGUGAUGUUUCCUGAAAUCGCACCAAGCUGCGGAUCAAAAGCAAACGUCAAUGAGCACCUCUCCGGCGACAGAAAGGAAAAGCCACAGACUCACACCAAAGCUGCACAAGCCACAAAGCAGGAAGCGAAUCUAGGAUUCUCGCGCGUCCAAACGGAUCAUCCGGAAAAGGUACAAACCCCUACACCCGCCAGUCAAGCAGUUGUUCAUGAAGAAAUCGUCGGCGACACUGCGGGUAGAUCAAGCGGUCUUUCAGAGCUCAAAGAUUCUGUAGACUCGAAAUCCUCCAACUCUGAGUCUGAAUCAGAGGAAGCAAACCUCCCUGAAAGGGCUGCAGAGAUUGCCAGAGUCGAAGAGGAAAUAAAAUUGCACUAUCGGCAUCUCAUUGCACCACUCUUUCCUGCUCUGAUGAGCGGUUACGCCUUGGCCAUGUACGGAUCCAAGGCUGACAUUCCAGUCCCUACCGGUUUGAUUUUCCUCACUUCCUUUAUCGCUUGGAUUUUUGGCAUCUGUGCGAAUAAGAUUGCUUCCAUUUAA